CGCGCAGCGUCAAAAGCUCUUUGUGCCCUAUAAAGUCGCAACCCAUCCUGCCAAGCUCACAACCGUUGUGGACUUAUGGAGCAGCCAUGGCCAAGCAGGAGCCGUUUUAUCUCUACAAGGAGACACGACUAAAUCUCGAACCGGCUUCUUUAAAAUCGAUCGCAGCGAUUCGUUUACCCGCCCAUGGUGUUUCAAAUCAAGCUGCGCGAGGCUCGACGCGAAGAGCUCCCGUUUCCCUGACGCCUAUUGAGGAUGAGAAUGCAUUUUCAAGACGAGUACUGGCAAGCUCAGCGUCGGCAUAUUGGCGGAAAGAUAGCCAGAGUCACCCACGCGGGUACCUCUGGCGGGUGCUGGAUGAGAGCAAGACACUUGAGAUUCAGACCGCCGAUUUGACACGGAGCGAAAAGACCAAGCACAUUGCAAACGGGGUGCUGCGUUUGAGCUUCCCGAAUGCAAUUCGGCCGGGAUGCGUGGCGAUGGCAGAUCUCGAGGGUCAUGAGCUCGUCAGCCUUUUCGCUCUAACAACGAGCAACGACCUUUACACCUUGACGCUCCGGCCGGAGUUCUUCAGACACUCAUCAGCUGUUUUGGACAGCAAUGUUGGAGAUUGGUGCAAAACCUUUCUCCCCUCCUCGUUCAGCUUUCGCUAUCCGCACCGUCUGGUCGCAAAAUCCCCUCAUGAAUUGUUGGUUUCCUUACAUGAUGGGGGCUUGUUAACCUUUGUGCGCCGACCUGGUGAUGAUGGCUCAUCGUGGCGCGAGACUUUCUUCACCGAAGGCGGAUGGGGCUCUUCUCUCCGGAGCUUAAUACCAUGGAAGGGACAUAAUACUGUGCGAUUUGGCAAUGUGGACCUGGAGCAGACAACCGCUACCUCAAUGUCUUUUUCUCCGGACAAAACUCGGGUGUUUACCAUCUGUCUCAACCAUACACUCAAACUGUGGAACUUGUCUACUGGAGAGGUAGAAGCGGUCAAAGAUCUAUUGAACGAAGAGCGACAGCCGCAGGAUAUCCCAAAGUAUCUCAUCGAUCCUGCGCACACACAGCUUUUACAGGUCUUCAAUGCCGAAGGGGCUAGGGAAGGUGACUUGUACUAUGUCAUGACAUAUUCGCCCUAUGAACCAGGUCAUUUCAAAUUCUGGGCCAUACGAGAGACUGAUGAGGAUCACUUGGCCGUGGAGGACUUGUUUCCUGGUGCUACUUUUACUCCUCCGGAGCCGUAUUCAGACCAAUCUGAAAUUUGGAGUCUUUCGUACUUUAGGUUGAAGUCCACAGGGACGAAGAAAGGCUUGGAGCUUUGGAUUGUUUGGAGCAAUAAUCUGACCUACCGAGUGCAGCGGUUGCUCUUCGACUUGUUAGAUCUGCCGACAGCAUGGUCAAGGCUCUGGAUGGGUGUAGCUUCAGAAACGCUAUUACAGCUUGAAAAACCAACUUCACUCGACAUGGAUCCGGCGGACGCAACAGAUAAAUGGCUCCAGUUCUUUUUCAGCCCUCCACGAUUCACAGAAGCAACUUUGGAGACUGCGCUAUCAUUAUAUAUCCAGAACCUGUCGGCCGAUCAGCUUGCAAUGGUCAAGAAAGGAAAGUCUCUGAAAGAACGACUUUGCUUAGCGAUAGGAUCAUCUGUGGCCCUGGACCGUAACGAUGAGGGCGAUCUGGACUAUGAGCAUUUUCGAGCGAACACAUUCAUGCAAUGGGACAAGUUCUAUUACCUGACGGUGGAUUUGGACAAGCGGAGACGAGAAGCUGUCUCUUUUGUUUAUGAUGAGCAUGAUUCAAUACCAUGGAUUCUUACUGCUGAUGGUGUCUCUCUCAUCCGCGAGUGUAGUGACAUGGAGCUGCUCUUUCAUAAUCGGAGGACUAUGGGUCAGUACCAGCAGAAAAUGCACGAGGCCUUUACACGACGAAGUGCAAUAGGCACUUGGCAGAAGCAGCCGUCGGAAGUCUCUGGCUUUAUUGCUGCUGCCCGGCUCUUUCGACAACUCUUUUCGCCGUCUUUACUACAUUCUUGCCUCUCUGUCCUCUCCUCGGAGAUGCUGCAAGACCCCUCUGUGUCUGCGGCUGUGCGGGUCCAGUCGUUCUACGAUCGGUGUAAUUUUGCGUCGCAGAUUGGAGACGAAGACUACAGUCGAUUGGCUGAUGCGCUCGACUAUAUUGGCGGAUUCAAGGCACUCGACAAUGAAGUAUUCCGCCUUGUCAUCUCCACGGCUUCGCAACGCCAAUUACCGGUUUCUCACCACCUCGAGCUUGGAUCUAUCGGAAUUAAGAACUUGCUAGCAGCUGCACAGGAAACCAUCAAUCUCACAUUUACUGUCCUCUUUGACCUACUGGUCUUGAUAGUGUUCAUAGAGGGAGAAAUCGACAAGGAAGAGCAUGCCCUUGAGGAAUUGGAUACGACAGGGCUCUAUGUGGAGAUUCUGCGCACGUUGAAAAAGUAUAGUUUGCUGAGCUGGCUCGCCACGACAAUGUGCACCGAUUCGGGACAGGACGAGAGCGAUCAGAAUUUUGGAGCUGAGAAGUCAAGCGAAAUGAGUGAGGUAGCGGGGUAUCAGUCGGACCACCGGACCGUAACUGUCUUGGAGGAGCUUUUCAUUGGAAUGUGGAAAGUACCGACUAGGGACAAUGUCCCCGGAACUGCCCUUACUACAUAUUCUGCUCGAUGUUGGAUAUCGAAUCUCAUGUUCACAGAAGGCUACGAAGAUGUUGCAACUCGCAUCAUGUGUAAAUUUCUGCAUCGUGGGGACAUUCACAUUGCUUCCGAUUUUAUGCGAUUCAUGCCCGAUACUCCUUGGGCUACGUAUCUCAAGGGUCGUCUUCACCUAGCUCGGAGUGAGCAUUCGAUGGCCUCGUUGUCGUUCAAGAAGGCUGGUUUUGGACUAGCCCGAGGAAAGCAUACCGGCAUUGGCCUAGCAGAGUCAGAGGGUCUCCUUAAUGUUGCCGAUCUGUCAUAUUUCCACGACGGCUUGGCUAAAUAUUAUAUGCAUAUCCUUAGCUUGUUUGAAAAAGCUCGUGCCAACUCGUACGUUGCCGACUUCGCGCGGUUGGCCAUUCAAUUCACCAGUUUUUCUAAGAGCCAAGUACCACAACAACGAACCGAAAUCCUAUCUCGUCUUUUCUACGCGUCAAUUCAAACCUCCCGAUUUGAGGAAGCUUACUCUGCUUUGGCGAGGUAUACAGACACUGCUUUACAAAAGUCCGCUUUAACAACUCUUAUCACCUCCAUGAUUGCCCAGUCACGUAUUCCCCAACUUCUCCGCCUUCCAUUUACCGACCUACAACCCCAAGUCGACGCCAUUCUCUCCUCUCUUUGCCAGAAGACGCUCAAUAUCGCGACUGGCCCUCCGUAUCACCAGAUCCUGUACGCCUACCGUCUUUCGCGGAAUGAUUUCCGUGGCGCUGCCACGAUCAUGCACGAACGUCUGCAACGCCUACGGACUAGUUCAAGCACGCACUCGGAAGUGCAGAAUGAAGCCGUCGCUCAGACAUUUCUCACUCUCAUCAAUCUUCUCUCGUCUGUCGACCCAAAACAUGCUUGGAUCCUGGCAGAGCCCAGCGUCAAUGUCAAUAUGGGUCGGAGCGGCGUUGCUAAGAGAAAGAUUGUCACUCUGAGCGAUGUUCGGAAGGAAUACCAACAGGAGCUUGACCGCGUAGCUGCAAUUGACAGCGGAAAUUUUCCGUUUGCGCCGCCGAUUGAGGAUGAUGAAAUGGAUGUAUUCUAGAUUACUAUGAUCUUGCAUGGUUGGUUUGUUGGUUUCCCAUUCUUUACACUUCGAGCACGUGGAUUGCUCUCUUUCGUCAUCUGAUAAAAGGCGUUUGGUCUGCUGCACGAUACUGUUAUUUCAACCCUUGACGUAUUAAAGGUACGAGGAGCGCGCAAGGAUCGGCCUGGUAUUUAUUUUGCUUUUCAUCUACUCAAAAUCUGCGAGCGAGACGGAAUCAUCGUUUUUGUGUACAAUAGAUAUGAAUGAAGUGCUGCCUUAACAGCGAAAAGUACUGGAGAAUCUCGGAGC